CCGACCGGCCCCCCCACCCGUCCCUUCCCUUAUCAGCACCCGCGGCCCCGGCAGCGCCGACGCAGGCGCACUGCACCGCGCCGCCGCCAUUUUGUGUCCGAGUCUGUGGAGCGAUUAAACCGUGCGCGGAGCUGCUUCUUUGGCGGCAGCGGCGGCGGCGGUAGCCGGUGCGGGUGCGCGGAGCUGGCUGGGGACGCCGGGUGGCCGGAGCGGUGGAGCGGCGGCGGAGCGAGCGCUGCGGGGGGUGUGGCGCGGAGAAUGAUCACAGACCUGGGGCCAAAGAACAAGAUGCAGUAGUGGACAGAUUGCUGACCAGAGGCUUGAGAGCUGAGUUCUGUCUUCCCUGCUCAAACUGACUUUGCAGCCACGGAGAGGGUACAAAGUGGUAUGAUUCCGGGGUACUUGACGCCACAAGAUAAACAUGACCCAUCUUCUUGGAGCUUCAAUUGUGCUCACUGAGGGGGCGGUGAGUUAAGUAAUUUAACUGGAAGGGGAAAUGGAAGGUGAGGCGGUUGAAGCCAUUGUGGAAGAGUCUGAAACUUUCAUUAAAGGAAAGGAGAGAAAGACUUACCAGAGACGCCGGGAAGGGGGCCAAGAAGAGGACGCUUGCCACCUACCCCAGAACCAGACUGAUGGGGGUGAGGUGGUCCAGGAUGUCAAUAGCAGUGUACAGAUGGUAAUGAUGGAACAGCUGGAUCCUACCCUUCUUCAGAUGAAGACUGAAGUAAUGGAGGGUGCAGUUGCUCCAGAAGCAGAGGCUGCUGUAGACGAUACCCAGAUUAUAACCUUGCAGGUUGUAAAUAUGGAGGAACAGCCUAUAAACAUAGGAGAGCUUCAGCUUGUGCAAGUACCCGUUCCCGUGACUGUACCUGUUGCUACCACUUCAGUAGAAGAACUUCAGGGGGCUUAUGAGAAUGAAGUGUCUAAAGAGGGCCUUGCAGAAAGUGAACCCAUGAUAUGUCACACCUUACCUUUGCCUGAAGGGUUUCAAGUGGUAAAAGUGGGGGCCAAUGGAGAGGUGGAGACGCUAGAGCAAGGGGAACUUCCGCCUCAGGAAGAUCCUAGUUGGCAAAAGGACCCAGACUAUCAACCACCCGCCAAAAAAACAAAGAAAACCAAAAAGAGCAAACUGCGUUACACGGAGGAGGGCAAAGAUGUGGAUGUCUCUGUGUACGAUUUUGAGGAAGAGCAGCAGGAGGGUCUGCUGUCAGAGGUUAACGCAGAGAAAGUGGUUGGUAACAUGAAGCCUCCAAAACCAACAAAAAUUAAAAAGAAAGGUGUAAAGAAGACAUUCCAGUGUGAGCUUUGCAGUUACACAUGUCCACGGCGUUCAAAUUUGGAUCGGCACAUGAAAAGUCACACUGAUGAGAGACCACACAAGUGCCAUCUCUGUGGCAGGGCAUUCAGGACAGUCACCCUUCUGAGGAAUCACCUUAACACACACACAGGUACUCGUCCUCACAAGUGCCCAGACUGCGACAUGGCCUUUGUGACUAGUGGAGAAUUGGUGCGGCAUCGUCGUUACAAACACACCCAUGAGAAGCCAUUUAAGUGUUCCAUGUGCGAUUACGCCAGUGUAGAAGUCAGCAAAUUAAAACGUCACAUUCGCUCUCACACUGGAGAGCGUCCUUUCCAGUGCAGCUUAUGCAGUUAUGCCAGCAGGGACACAUACAAGCUGAAAAGGCACAUGAGAACCCAUUCAGGGGAAAAACCUUAUGAAUGUUAUAUUUGUCAUGCACGGUUUACCCAAAGUGGUACCAUGAAGAUGCACAUUUUACAGAAGCACACAGAAAAUGUGGCCAAAUUUCACUGUCCCCACUGUGACACUGUCAUAGCCCGAAAAAGUGAUUUGGGUGUCCACUUGCGAAAGCAGCAUUCCUACAUUGAGCAGGGCAAGAAAUGCCGAUACUGCGAUGCUGUAUUUCAUGAGCGCUAUGCCCUCAUCCAGCACCAGAAGUCACACAAGAACGAGAAGCGCUUUAAGUGUGAUCAGUGUGAUUACGCUUGCAGACAGGAGAGGCACAUGAUCAUGCAUAAGCGCACCCACACCGGGGAGAAGCCUUAUGCCUGCAGCCACUGCGACAAGACCUUCCGCCAGAAACAGCUCCUUGACAUGCACUUCAAACGCUAUCAUGACCCCAACUUUGUCCCCGCGGCCUUCGUCUGUUCUAAGUGUGGGAAAACAUUUACACGCCGGAAUACCAUGGCGAGACAUGCUGAUAAUUGUGCUGGUCCAGAUGGUGUAGAAGGGGAAAAUGGAGGAGAAACGAAGAAGAGUAAACGUGGAAGGAAAAGAAAGAUGCGCUCUAAAAAGGAAGACUCCUCUGACAGUGAAAAUGCUGAGCCAGACCUGGAUGACAAUGAGGAUGAGGAGGAGCCUGCCGUGGAGAUUGAACCCGAGCCAGAGCCUCAGCCUGUGACCCCAGCCCCACCACCUGCCAAGAAGCGGAGAGGACGCCCCCCUGGCAGAACCAACCAGCCCAAACAGACCCAGCCAACAGCCAUUAUUCAGGUCGAAGACCAGAAUACAGGUGCAAUUGAGAACAUUAUAGUUGAAGUCAAAAAAGAGCCAGACGCAGAGCCCGCGGAGGGGGAGGAAGAGGAGCCCCAGCCAGCCGCCACAGACGCCCCCAACGGAGACCUCACGCCCGAGAUGAUCCUCAGCAUGAUGGACCGGUGAUGGCGGGGCCUCGCUCGUUGCCAGGACUGCUCUGGGCUGUGUUUAAACGGCCCGCAUCUUAAUUUUUCUCCCUUCUUUCUUCUUUUGGCUUUGGGAAAAGCAUCAUUUUACCAAACAUACUGAGAACUAAAACUUCAAGGAUGAUGUUAGAAAAAUGUGAUUUAACUAGAACUUGCUGUUUGAUGUUAGCAAAUCAUGGAAUGUUCUGAGUCCCUGAGGGUUUACUGUGAAGUGCUGAGGACAGUGUUGACGCCUAACUGGUUUUCUUAGAUGGAAACAGAGACAUUGAACCCUCUCUCUUGCUAUGGUAAACCACUCCAGAAACCACCACUGGGUUUCCCAGAGUUCUAUGGUCUUCUUCCCAGGAGAGUUUUUAAUUGUAAAUGCAGACUUGGGAAGGACUUAGACUUUUAAACUGGUUUUUGCUUUUGCUUUGCCCUGACUCUCUUUGCUUGGAGUCAGCUGCACACCAGUAGUAUGGCAUGCUACGAUUGGUUUCUGUCCUGAAGACUUUGCCUCUUUCUUGGCAAAGUUUCUGGUAUGGUCAAGCUUGUAAAUAACUUUUUUUACAUUUUAAUCUUUUCCAUUAAUUAAGAGGUUGAAAAGAAGUGCAGUGUAAGAAAACCCAGCAUUUUAAUUACUUGCAAAUUAAGUUUCCACAGACUGUAGUAUGUAAAUGUUGACAAGGAAUUGGAUCACAGUCAUGUAGCAGAAUGGCACCCAGACUGCUGCCCGCUAGUGACGGACACCCACAUGGAAGAUCAUGAUUUUCCAGCCCAUGGAGCCAGCAUUUGAACCUUGUACAAUUAACUUUGUUAUGAUUUCCCAUCUACAUUUUCUUUGUUUGUAGCUGAGUUUUGUGUUUUAUAAAUCCUCUGUUAAAGCAGAAGGGUGAUUAUGAGUGGGUCACAGCAGCUCUUAAAAGCUGGGCCAGAAAAUUUCACUAGGUCAGUAAUUUAAACUUUGGAUCUUCAAAAAAUAAUGUGAAGCAAAACCAACUAAAAAGUGAUUCUUGCACAUGAACUGUCACACGUUUAAAAUGUGUUUUUUAGAGAGCCUCAGUCUUGCUGAUUUCAAACACUUUUUUCUUCUGUGUAUUGCUUUUAAGAGAGCCAUCAGUUAGCUAUCAGACUCUAGGUUGAUGCAUUUUGUACUUAGCUGUACUGUGUGAUAUUUUUCAUUAUUUUAGGACGCCAACAUGAGACCUGUAAUAAAAUAUGUAAUGGGGUUGAAAGCUGGGGAGGAGGAUCUACUGCUGUACAGCUAAUAAAUCAUAACGGAUUAACAAGUGCUCCAAA